UCAGUCUGGUCGCAGCUUCACCUCAGUGUUGUCUCUGAACCUCUGCAACAUGAUAGUGUCUCUGAGUUUGUCCUCCGAAGGCUCGCCGCCGCCGCUGGUUGGACGACGUGGACUCGGUGUGUUCGGACGAGCUGCUCGGCUCUCAGUCUCGCCGCUGGCUGGCCGACUGUCUGACCGAGGACAUGCUUCCGGAGAGCGGAGACUUCUACACGGUGGGCCGGGACCGGCUGUUCGUAGACUACCACUUCCCGCUGGGAGAGCUGGAGAUGCAGCCAGUGUCCGGUGGAAGAGACCGAAGGUAGGGAGGAGAAAUUCACCUUUAACGCCUCAACCGAUGGGGCGGCCAAUAUACACUCCCCAUUGCGGCGCCACCUGCUGGAUGGACAGGAAAAGCUGUAAAACUAGCCUGAAUAUGCUCCAAUCUGCCUGAAAUUUUGCAUGUGGGAUCAGAGUCCACUCCUCAUGGCAUCCAUAGGCCCACAUACACUCUCGGUCACUGCGCCACCUGGUGGACAUGCGUGGAUUUGCCGACCAGCAAGGAUGCGAGGACCCAUCCAUCGCUGCUUGCAGCUUUAAUUUGUUUUUGUGUUGCUAGGAAGCCCUGGAUUAGAUUUCUGCAAAUUUAGAAAGAUUUGGUGUUAAAAGGUCAGUGAAAAAAAGUUUUGUUAAUAACACAUAAUAAUUUAUUUGCUAAACAUGAGAAAAUGUAACACAAAUGGGAUAAAAUGAUGAAAUGGAACGGUUCAUAUUCAAAAGGUCAAAGGUCAACUUCAUUGUGAGGUUAUAUGAAUAUUUUUCUUCACUAUUACUCAGGAACAGGUUGGAUACUGACUUGGUUACUCUAAUCUUGGAUGUCCACCUUGAAACUCUUUUGCAGCUUCUUUGCAGCUGCAUUCAUGUUAGAAACACAACUUCAUGCUCUGUUAGAAUCAGUUUUAUGCACCAAGUGUAGAUUUAGUUUCUGCAAAUAUGGCACAAAUGUCCCACUGAACUUGAGAAUUAACUGAUUAGGUGUUAGCAGUCAGGGGUCGCUAAAAAAAUUUCACACAAGCAUGAUAAAGUGAUGAAGUGGUUACGGUUUAUAUUCAAAAGGUCAACGUCAAUAUGAGAUCGUAAUAGCACUUUUCUGACUUUUAUUCUUCACCAUAACUCAGGAACAGGUUGGAUACUGACUUGGCGACUAAUUCUGGAUGCCCAACUUGAAACUGUUUUAUCACUUCUUCACAGCUGCAUCCAUGUUAGAAGCACAACUUUGUCUUCUGUUCAAAUAAGUUUUAUGGAUUGAAUUUGUACUAAUUUGACACAAAUGUCCAAUUAAACUGGAGAAUGAACUGCUCUGGCUGUUGCUGUGGAGCUAUCUGCAUGUAGACGCCACUAAUUUAACAGCAUGCCACUCCAAAUAACCUUGAAAUUUGGAUUUUCUGUUAAGAAAACGACACAUUUCUGGCUAAACAGCAGUGUAGAUGCAAGGUUGGUGCAGAGAGGAGCGACAGUUGAAAGCGGUUGCUGCAAUUUAGAUAACAGGUGAGAUAAAAGGAGAGGAGUUUUUAGGUAAAUGAAGGUGUGAUAAGGACCAGGAACAGCAGGCACAGAUGAAAGGAAGUAUAGAAAUGCUACCAUCUGGUGGGUUCUAUCAGAAACCAUGAGUGAGUGUACGUGUGAUGAUUUGUGAAGCCAGUUCACCCAAUUCUGCAACCACAAGGUGAUGUUCAAUUGGCUGGACAGAGCGGCUGAAGCUUUUCUGAUUGGACGAGAGGGAAGGCCAGUAGCAUUUUGACACACACUCUCCAUGUGAGAUAAAUGAACCUACAAACUUCCAGUGACUCCUCUUUUUACCUGAGUGGAGGCGACAGAGCAGCUCAGACAUGAAGAUCCACAAGUUUUUAUCCAUAGCCAUGCUGGGGCUGCUGCUGUGGGCCUCCUGCAUCCAGGCCAAAGAGGAGACAACGGAGGAGACGACAGAGGAGACGACGGAGGAGACGACAGAGGAGACGACAGAGGAGACGACAGAAGAUGCUGAGGAAACCACAGAGCCGCCAAAGAAGGAGAAAACGACAGAGAUAGAGGAGGAGAAAGAUGUCAUGGUUCUGCACAUCAACAACUUCGAGAGAGCACUCAGUGAGAAUCAGUAUCUGCUGGUUGAGUUCUAUGCUCCCUGGUGUGGCCACUGCAGGGAGCUGGAGCCCAUUUACGCCGAAGCUGCAGAGAAGCUGAAGAAGGAGGAACCUCCUCUUCGUCUGGCCAAAGUGGACGCCAUCGAGGAGAAGGAGAUCUCUGAUGAGUUCGAUGUCGGAAGCUUCCCAACUUUAAAACUGUUUCUCAACGGAGACCGGAAGCACCCUAUCGACUUCACUGGUAAGAGGACAGUGGCGGGCAUCAUGCAGUGGAUGAAGCGUCGUACGGGCCCUGGAGCUCCAGAUCUGGACUCCGUAAACGCUGCUGCUCAGUUCAUCGACUCCCACAACAUCACCGUCGUAGGAUUCUUUGACAGUCUGGAUAGCGAUGCGGCCAAGGUGUUCAGGGAGGUCACUUUGGAAAUGGCCGAGACAGAGUUCGCCCUCACAGCCACUCCUGAUGUUUUCCAGAAGUACGAGGUGAAAGGCAGCGUGGUGGUGCUUUUCAAGAAGUUUGAUGAUGGCAGGGAGGACUUCACGUUGUCAGAAGAUGGGACUCUGGACAAAAGCAACCUGACCACUUUCAUUAAACAAAAUAGUCUGGAACUGAUGAUCCCUUUCAGCGAGGAGACAGCAGAAAAGAUUUUUACCUCCAGCAUCCACCUGCACAGCCUGCUGUUCAUCAACUCUACUGUGGAGAGUCAGAAGGCCCUGGUGGACGAGUCCAGGACUGUAGCCAAAGAGUACAAGGGCAAGAUGCUGUUCAUUGUGAUUGACGUGACUGAAGCAAUAUCACAAGUGCUGAACUACUUCGGAGUGUCGGAGAAGGAUGCCCCCACUGCACGCGUCAUCGAUAUGGACUCAGGGAAGAAGUUCACCAUCGCAUCUGGGGAUCUGACAGUAAAGUCACUUCAACAGUUAUGCCAAGAGGUGGUGGAAGGCUCUGCCAAGCCCUACUAUAAGUCAGAAGAUGUCCCGGAGGACUGGGACAAAGGACCAGUUAAAGUCCUGGUGGGAAAGAACUUCGAGUCUGUUGCUCUGGACCCAACCAAAAACGUAUUUGUGGAGUUUUAUGCUCCAUGGUGUGGACACUGCAAGAACUUGGCUCCCAUCUGGGAAGAGUUGGGUGAAAAAUAUGCCGACCACGAAGACAUCAUCAUAGCCAAGAUGGACGCCACAGCCAACGAAAUGGAGUCUCUUAAGGUUGAGGGAUUUCCAACAAUCAAGUAUUUCCCAGCUGGUGGCAAAGAGGUGAUUGACUACCAAGGACAAAGGGAUUUGGAGACGUUUUCUAAGUUCCUGGAUGGUGGUGGAGUGUUACCUGAGGAGAAGAGUGAUGAGGAUGAAGAUGAUGAAGAAGAUGAUGACGAUGAUAGUGAGGAGGUUGAUGAGUCUGACAACGUAUCCGCCAACAACACUUCCAGAGAUGAACUGUGAUGUCAUUUACCAGCCAAUCAGGAUCAACCAAAUGUCUUCCAAUUUUAUUAAUAAAACUGAUACAGGUUUAAAACUGUUGACUGCUUGAGCUUUAAAUUUUGCUUGAGUUUGUUUGUCCUAAUAGUUAAUUUGAUUUGAAAUCCUUUUCCAAUAAGUAAAUAGUGUGCUUUCCUAAAUGUCUUCAGAAGUAGUAAAUUUAAGAAGACUAUAGAUUGAAAAAUGGAAACAAAGACACAUUCCUCAUUCCCACAUUUUACUCAAAACUGUUAUAUCCGGUUUAAAAUAAAUUGUUCAUGUUUA